GUUCUGUUAUUGCAACUCCACAUGGUUACCUGGCACGCUGGGUCUUCCCUCUGGCACUCUUGUCAGAGCCUGACCUCUGAGCUUUGGCAUCUGGUGCCUUAUUUUUGUGGUUAAGGAUUCUCAGUGUUGUGGAAUGCUGACAAAGUCUGGCCCAAAAAACAGACAUGAAUAUCUUGGAAACCAACAGGUACUUGCGCUCCCAGCUGGAAAAAAGCAAACAGGACUUCAGAGACCUCACAGAGAAAUUCCUCGCCUCUCAAGCUACUGCUUACUCCCUGGCCAACCAGCUGCAGAAAUACAAAUGUGGAGAGUACAAAGACCUCAUUGAAUCUGUGCUGGAGGAGGAAGUGCUGUUUCAGGAUGGAGAGCUGGCAGAGAAGAUGAGACUGGCUGCAAGGCUUGGGGAAUAUGAUCCCCUAAUUCAAGCUCAGGCCCGAGAACUGACCCACUUACGACAAAAGAUACAGGAAGGGGAAAGUGUGUGUUAUCUUUUCACACAGCAUAUAAAGAAUACAGCCAAGUCUUUUGAGAUUCUCCUCAGGAGCAGUGACCUUACCUACCACCAGGGACAGAAAUUCUGUGAGCUACUGGCUCAAGGAAGUCACCUGGCAGAAAGACUUGCCAGCAAACUCACCAUUGAAAAUCAUGAUGAUAGGAAGGUUGACCAUGGACAGGAGCCACUGGCACCCAGCAUCAGCAGUUGGCUCCAGGAGGAAGAAGUGAAUGAAGUCCCGGAGGACUCACUAGAUGAAAGGUAUCUGACUCGUUCCAGUUGCCAUGACUCCCACCAGACCUCCAGCAGCAAUGCUUUUGUGUGUGAUGUGCAGGAAGCCAGCUCUGCUUCGGAUGUGGCCAGUGAGUAA